AGGAGGGUGUCUCCCGAGCCCCAGCCGGGCCGGAAGGGGCUUUGCUGCUGAUGCUUCGAGGCUUUCGGAGUCGCAGCAUCCCUCGCAGCCGCACGGAUGCAGCCGCAGCAGGGCAGAGCCGCCCCCGGGGCUGGCCCGGCGGGGUUCGGGCACCGCAAGGACGAGCCCGGCAGGCAGGUCCGGCCCGUGCCGCUGCCGCCCGUGCAGCAGAACCUCAAUUAUUACCCGCAGAUCUUCUGGGUGGACGGCUGUGCCGAUGCUGGGGCUGCCCCCGCCGCUCCCUUCCCACCGCCCGUCCCCGACCGGAGCACAAAGCCACGGAGCCACGCGGAAAGGAGAAGUGUCGGCUUCCUCGUCAUGUUCCUGCUGAUCCUGGUGGCCUUCACCGGAGUGGGGCUGAGCAUAUUUAAGAUUUUUCACCUGGAGAAGGAGGUGGAUGAACUCAGAGAGUCUGCCAGCCCUGAGCACAUCCCUCCAGCCUCUCAGAAACUCACAGGGCAGGGGAAGGAGGUGAGGAGGGCAGCCCAUGUAACAGGCAACCCAGCCCAACGGGACCUGCCCCUGGAGUGGGAGCCCACCUCUGGCCAUGCCUACACCAGUGGCAUCCAGUACCAGAACCGGGGGCUGUUGGUCAGCGAGCCGGGGCUGUACUUUGUGUACUCCCAGGUGCUGUUCCGCGGCAGUGCCUGUGACAGCCAGCUCCUGUCCCACGUGGUGUACAAGAGGAACCCGGCCUCCCCGGGCAGCCUCGUGCUCAUGGAGGACAAAGCCACCAACUUCUGCAAGGACCAGAGGAUGUGGGCCCGCAACAGCUACCUGGGGGCUCUCUUCAAGCUCAGGAAGAUGGACAGCUUGCACGUCAACGUCUCCAAAAUCGCCUUGGUGAACUUUGAGGAAUCCAAGACUUUCUUUGGUUUGUUUAAGCUUUGAAAGGGAGCGUGGCUGGCAGCCCCUUCACACACACACCCACACGGAUGUGUGAGGCUGAGUCCUGCCUGGGCACCACAAAACCCAGCCAGAAACUGUGUUUGGGCUUCAGCACGAGGGGAUCCAAGCAACUGGGAAAGGCUUGAAAGCAGACACCUGGAAAGCACCAGGCUGUGCUGCAUCAGCCUGAAGAGAAUUGCACAUAUUCUCCUUACAAAAACCCCAACAAACUCAGAAAGUGGCGUGCUGAAGACCCUGCUGGAACUCACUACUUGUUGCCUGAGAAGAUGGUGGGACCUGCUGCUUCCUGGGGUGUCACAGCCCUGGUGGGGACAGCUGAGAGGUGUCUGGGUCGUGCCAUGACACCACAGACAGUGGUGUGGGGAUGAGCAGUGUGAACAACUGCUCCCCCUGAGCCAUGGCUGGCGCUGCCCAGCACUGUGGGACUGCUGUAUCACAGGCAGCUCCUGCUGUCUGGGCUGGGAAAGGUGCUGUGUUCAGUUGGUGUUAAGCUAUGGACCCUUCCCACCCCAGAAAAUGCUCCCCAACCACUUUAUUUAACUCAUCCCAGCUGCCUUGCAAGGAACAUGCCAGCAGCAGCAGUGCCCUGAGGGAUGUCCCAGAAGUGGCAGCGUGACCACCCCGUGGUGGUGGGGAUGGUGGGGUGGCCACGGGCUCUGCUGGUACAAUCUAAGCAACACAGCGGUGCAGGGCAGUGGGGCUUGAGGUGGAAGCAGCAUCUCGAGCUCCCCUGCAGCCCUUUCAGCACAGGAGGGCUCUCCAUGGAGGCCUGGUCUGACAGCCCUUUCCUGAUGCAGCUGGUGACAUGCUGGCACC